AUGGCGCACAUCUACGAGGUCGGCACACGGGCCUGGCAGCCCGACCCGACAGAAGGAUGGCUAGCAUCCGAGGUGAAGGAGAAGCUGGAGGAUGGAGAGAAAGUGCAGCUUAUCUUUGAGUUGGAAAAUGGAGAGACAAGAACCGUGGAGACCACGCAGUCCGAGUUGCAGGUCGAUAACAACCCCAAGCUACCUCCGCUUAUGAACCCUGCUAUGCUUGAAGCAAGCGAAGAUUUGACGAAUUUGUCUCAUUUGAAUGAGCCAGCUGUCCUCCAGGCCAUUAAACUCCGCUACGCUCAGAAGGAAAUAUAUACCUACAGUGGUAUCGUCUUGAUCGCAACCAAUCCAUUUGCCCGAGUCGACUCGCUGUACGUACCGCAGAUGGUACAGGUUUAUGCUGGAAAACAACGUGCCUCACAGGCGCCUCACCUGUUCGCCAUUGCGGAGGAAGCUUUCGCUGACAUGCUUCGCGAUGGAAAGAAUCAGACAAUUGUGGUCUCUGGUGAAUCUGGAGCCGGUAAGACCGUGAGCGCCAAAUAUAUCAUGCGUUAUUUUGCGACCCGCGAGUCUUCCGAUCAGCCUGGAAAAUAUACCACCAGCCGCGCAGAUGCAAUCAGUGAAACCGAGGAACAGAUUCUAGCUACUAACCCGGUCAUGGAAGCAUUUGGUAACGCCAAGACCACUCGCAACGACAACUCCUCCCGUUUCGGCAAAUAUAUCGAGAUCAUGUUCGAUGACCGAACGAAUAUCAUCGGAGCUAAGAUCAGAACGUAUCUCCUUGAGCGGUCGAGACUCGUCUUCCAGCCUCUUAAAGAGCGCAACUAUCACAUUUUCUACCAGCUGGUAGCCGGUGCUUCCGACGCGGAGAAACAGGAGCUGGGUCUCUUGGCUGCCGAAGACUUUGAGUAUUUGAACCAGGGCGGCACUCCGGUGAUCGACGGUGUUGACGAUAAGGCCGAAUUUGAAGCGACCAGGAAGUCGCUGGCUGUGAUUGGCGUGUCCAAGGAAGACCAGACAGGCAUUUUCCGCGUUCUGGCCGCUUUGCUACACCUCGGUAAUGUCAAGAUCACAGCUACUCGCACGGAUUCAUCAGUCUCGUCGACCGAGCCUGCACUCCUCCGCGCAUGUGAGAUGCUUGGAAUCGACCCUACCGAGUUUGCAAAAUGGAUCGUGAAGAAGCAACUUAUCACACGUGGCGAGAAAAUCACCUCCAAUCUGACACAACAACAGGCUCUGGUUGUCCGAGACUCCGUUGCCAAGUUUAUCUAUUCAAGUCUAUUUGAUUGGCUCGUGGACAAGAUCAACCGCCGCCUUGCCACCGAUGAAGUGCUUGAGCAGUUCAAAUGCUUUAUUGGUGUUCUUGAUAUCUACGGAUUCGAACAUUUUGCUAAGAACUCUUUCGAACAAUUCUGCAUCAAUUAUGCCAACGAGAAGUUGCAACAAGAAUUCAACCAGCAUGUGUUUAAGCUCGAGCAGGAAGAAUAUGUCAGAGAAGAGAUUGACUGGACAUUCAUUGACUUUUCGGAUAACCAACCUUGUAUCGAUCUUAUCGAAGCGAAGCUCGGUGUGCUGGCGCUUUUGGAUGAAGAGUCCCGACUUCCUAUGGGUUCGGAUGAGCAGUUCGUCACCAAGCUGCACCACCACUUUGCGGCUGACAAGCAAAAGUUCUACAAGAAACCUCGCUUCGGCAAAUCUGCAUUCACCGUCUGUCACUACGCGGUCGAUGUCACUUAUGAGUCUGAUGGAUUCAUCGAAAAGAACCGUGACACUGUGCCAGAUGAGCAUUUGGAAGUGUUGCGUAAUUCCUCCAAUCCUUUCAUCAAGGAGAUUUUGGACACUGCUGCGGCGGUCCGUGAAAAGGAUUCAGCUGCUAUGUCAUCCAAGCCAGUUGCAGCAGCUCCAGGGCGCCGGAUUGGCGUUGCAGUUAACCGGAAACCCACGCUUGGAGGAAUCUUCAAGUCUUCGCUGAUUGAAUUGAUGCACACCAUCAACAGUACAGAAGUUCAUUACAUCCGUUGCAUCAAGCCCAAUGAGGCAAAGGAGGCAUGGAAAUUCGAAGGUCCCAUGGUUCUCAGUCAGCUGAGAGCUUGUGGUGUCCUAGAAACCGUCCGUAUUAGUACCGCUGGCUACCCAACCCGAUGGACUUACGAGGAAUUCGCCGUUCGUUACUACAUGUUGUGCCAUUCCUCGCAAUGGACCUCGGAGAUUCGGGAUAUGUGCCAUGCAAUCCUCCGAAAGGCCCUGGGAGAUGAGAAGCAAGAUAAGUAUCAACUUGGUCUGACUAAGAUAUUCUUCCGGGCUGGUAUGCUUGCAUUCCUGGAAAAUCUCCGAACGUCUAGGUUGAAUGAAUGCGCCAUUAUGAUUCAGAAGAAUUUGCGAGCCAAGUAUUACCGCCGCCGCUACCUUGAUGCCCGUGAAGCAAUCCUCACCACCCAGGCCUUCAUUCGGGGCUUCUUGGCACGGCAACAUGCCCACGAGAUUCGCCGAACUAAAGCUGCCACUACGAUCCAGCGGGUCUGGCGUGGCCAGAAGGAGAGGAAGCGGUACACUCAAAUCCGCAAAAACUUCAUUCUGUUCGAGUCUAUUGCCAAGGGAUUCCUGUGUCGACGCAACAUCAUGGACUCUAUCAACGGAAAUGCGGCCAAGGUCAUUCAACGUGCUUUCCGCUCCUGGCGUCAAAUCCGAGCCUGGAGAGAGUAUCGUCGCAAGGUUAUCACUAUCCAAAACCUCUGGAGAGGUAAAGAGGCAAGAAAUGCUUAUAAGAGACUUCGCGAGGAUGCCCGAGAUCUCAAGCAGAUCUCUUACAAGUUGGAGAACAAGGUGGUUGAGUUGACCCAGUACUUGCAAACCCUCAAGCUUGAAAAUAAAACCUUGGUCUCACAGUUGGACAACUAUGAUGCCCAAUUGAAGUCAUGGAGAACUCGACACAAUGCCUUGGAGGCUCGCACGAAAGAACUCCAGGUUGAAGCAAACCAGGCUGGUAUCACUGCAGCCCGGUUAGAGGCAAUUGAGGAGGAGAUGAGUAAGCUUCAGCAAAGCCACACUGAAGCCCAGGCUACCAUCAAGCGCCUUCAGGAAGAGGAGAGAAUCUCUCGCGAUGCUCUUCAAACCGUCCACGAGGAGUUGGAGCGUCUCAAGGUCUUGGAUGCCGAGCAUGAGAAGGACAAGAACGGUCUCCGGCAGCGGAUUUCCGAUCUUGAGGAACAGCUCGAGAUUGCCAAGAGAUCUGUGCCUUUGAACGGUAUGAACGGCGAUGGUCUGGCCAACGGUGGCACAAUCCCGGCCCCUCCCCCGGCUUGA